CGCUUAGUGAACGAUUUUGCUAUUGAAUGCACGUAUUGUGUAUUCCGGAUGCAACCACUGUUUACGAGUCAGGUUCAGUUCAAUAUGAGUAGGUUAAUCACUUCAACAAUGUCCGAGCACAGCUACCAAGGCCGCGAACCGAGCAUGGCCGAGCGACUAGGAUUGGGAUCUGAGGUCCGUGAACUUAAGCUAGGAUCGACUUUCACGAGCAACAGCUCGACAGCGUUUCACACCUUGAAAUAUGACUUUAAACCUGCAAGCGUUGAUGUUUCAAAAAUGGCUAAUGUUGAUGCAGGAGCAGACAAUACAAUGACGGUUACAGUUCCUCAUUUAGAUGGAGCUGGUACUCCACAUACUGUAUUCAAAGGUUCUCAAAGACCUCAUCAUAAAGAAUGUGUUCUCAUUAUCGACAAAACUACAGGAGAGUUCAUUUUGGAGAAGUUGACAGCAAAUAUUCAAGUUAAGAAAACAAGAAUGGAGCCAACAGCUAAGCAAUUUUUAGGAGUUUCCAAUGGAAAUAAUAACAAUGGUAGACCUGCAACACCUGUUGAGCAUAAGAGGAGUCCUACACAUGGGAGGUUAAAUGGGAGGACAAAAGUUAUCAGCGGGACAAAGAGAGAACCUUUUGUUCAGUUGCAUCCAAAGGGACAGAGUCCUCCACACCAGGCAUCCAGCAGUUGUUCACCUGCACAGUCGUCAAAUACACAAUCAACCUUGGCUAGUUUACCAAUGAUUGGCUCUGAAAUUGAUGAUUUUGCAUUGUCAACUCCUAUAAUACCUUCGUAUUCGUCUGCACCAGUGAGAGUAUCUCCACCACCUGUUGCAAUGUCAAAUAUGAAACCAGCUUCCUUAAACAGUGACGAAGGUGCGUUAAGCGACUCGAGUUCGAGCAGUUCAAGUUCUGACAGUUCGGACAGCGAUUCCGAUACGGAGAACAUUCCCGUACCGAUGGCACCAACUGACGUUCUAAGUAGCGCCAAUUCAACAUCAAUUGUUACGCCACUUAUGUCAGACAACUUUUUGAAUGAAGAUCUCCAACUGUCUGAGUCAGAAUCUGAUAGUGAUAAAUAGUAAAAUGUUGAUAGAAUCAAUACACUAUCAAUACAUAGAUCGUGAUUAUUAACGUGAUGAUUAUUAAUAUAAAACAGUUAUUAUGUAUAUUGGUUUGUCUUUUUAGCUGCACCAUAUCACAUCUUUUGUACUUAAAUUACACAUUUGUGUAAUCAGUACAUGACGUGUGAAAGAAAGAUUGCAAAACAAAUGUAGAGAGUGCAGCUAAAAAGUUCUUAUGCAGAAUGAAAAGGAGUCAUAUUAUUCCAAAAUCCUUUUACAUAUCUCAUAUUUGGUCGCAAAAAUGGCGUGACAUGAAGUCAUCCAAGGAAAGGGGGAGUGAAAUCUUUGUAUAUUAUUCAAUAUAUUUAUUUUUGAUAUUGU